CAGGGGGCGGGUGUGCGCGGCGCUGCGGGCCCGCCCUCGGGGCGGUGGCUCGGCGGAGCCCGGGGCGGGUCCGGACGCGGCUUCUGGCGGAGACAGGCCUUGGCCGUGCCCGGGCUGCCCCCACCUCCCGGCAUCGUGACUGCGCGGCACAGGCAGCGGUGUCAAGAUGGUGGUUCUCUCCAAGGAAUACGGCUAUGUGGUCCUGACCGGUGUUGCCGGAUUUAUCAUGAUAACGCACCUUGCUGUGAAUGUGGCGAAGGCACGCAAGAAGUACAAGGUGGAGUAUCCAACCAUGUAUAGCACAGACCCUGAACAUGGGCAUCUCUUCAACUGCAUCCAGCGUGCACACCAGAACACAUUGGAAGUUUAUCCCUCCUUUCUGUUCUUUCUAGCUGUGGGCGGAGUCUAUCACCCGCGCGUCGCUGUUGGGCUUGGCAUCACCUGGAUCAUUGGGAGAGUCCUUUAUGCCUAUGGCUAUUACACAGGAGAUCCUGGAAAGCGAAACAGAGGGGCCAUUGGUUCGGCUGCACUCAUUGGAUUGGUGGGGAACACUUUGUACUCAGCCUUCCAGCACCUUGAGUGGGUCUCCAGAGAGUAGCCAGCCUCCACCCCCUUCACAGCUUUCUGGAGAAUCUCCAAGGUGUAGAGUGGUGGGGGUUUGGGGGGGGGAGAGGUGUUUUUG